UUAAUAACAUAAAUGCACGCACUGACUUAAAGUUGUAAAUGUGUCACAUUUAUCACAUGCAUCAUGAAAAAAGGGUUACUUAUUGACUGGAAUAAGCUGAUCAACGACGCCGAUGACGAGCCUCCGGCAGAGCUCGUGGUCACCACCAAAGCACCGCCGGCGGCAGCGGCGGAGAUACACCAACCGACGAUUGCCGUGGAUGGAGAAGACCAAAGUGACGAGCUUUCGGUACUAACGAAUGCUGAACUAACCGACAAAAUAGCCAGGCUCAAGAAGUUGCUUGGCUCCAGAGGCGCUAUGUUACCUGAUGGCGGUGAGAAGUUGAAGGCAAAUAUUAAAAAGCACGAGGAUGAAUUGGAGCGGAGAAAAUUUCUCCGUUCCGAUAAGGAAAAUGGAUGUGCCUCGUGGGGGAGGCACAGGUCUGGUUCUAUUGGUGCGCUUGAUGGCCUUGGGCAACGGUCAACACAAUCAGCAUCCCCUUCACAAUCUUCAUUUGCUGCGUGCUUUUCAAACAAGCUGGAGGAAAAAGCAGACACUAAGCCAGAAAAUGCUUUCCAAAAUGAAUUACAUGCUCUAAAUCCAUGUGGCCGCGAAAGGACAUUAAACAGGCAGUUUUCUACAAGAAAAAGACAUAAGAUAGCGAUGUCUUCACGAGAAGAACCUUUUAAAUUCCGUGUAAACAUAGAUGAACAAGAUUUUUAUGCUGACCGAAAGAGAAGAAACAUUUCUACUCGUUAUUCUGAAGAAAGUUUCUCUAGCUGUUUCCCAGAAAAGUGGAAUGCUUCUCAAGCCCAAUCUUCAUGUACUUUGAGGCAUGUGAAUGAUGAGGCUGUUGUUCUAGUGGAUGAGGAGGAACUUGAUGUUGUUGAGAUAAGGCAGCAAGUUCAUGUGGUUGAAAGCACAAUGGCAACCAAGAUAUACUAUCCGUCGAGGGAUGAUCCUGAAUCAGUCGAAAUCUGUUAUUCAGACAUGGAAUCUCUUGCUCCUGAAGCAUAUCUGUCGUCUACUAUAAUGAACUUUUACAUCCGGUACCUCCAGCAGACAAAGUCUCUUGCAGAUGGUGAAAGGUGCGCAUAUCACUUUUUCAAUACAUAUUUUUACAACAAGCUCAAAGAGGCUGUUUUCAGUAAGCAGAAUGACAAGGAAGCUUCAUUUGUCAAAUUAAGGAGGUGGUGGAAGGGGGUGAAUAUAUUUGAGAAAGCCUAUAUAUUUCUUCCCAUACAUGAAAAGCUUCACUGGAGCUUGGUGAUAAUUUGCAUACCAGAUAAGGAAGACCAAUUGGGGCCAAUUUUACUUCACUUGGAUUCAUUGGGGCUCCACUGCAGCAGGUCUCUUUUUGAUACCAUGAAAAAAUUUUUGGUGGAAGAAUGGAAAUUCUUGAGACAAGGAGAAGUGGCAGAUCUUCCUAUUGCUGACAAAAUAUGGGAUAACCUUCCACGGAGUAUAGAUGAUAUUAUUAUUCAGGUCCCACAACAAAGAAAUGAGUAUGACUGUGGACUCUUUGUGCUUUUCUUUAUCGAACGCUUCAUAGUUAAAGUUCAUGAAAGGCUUAAAGAGAAGGAUCUGGCAAUGUUUGGAAGGAAGUGGUUCGAACCUGAAGAAGCGUCUAGUAUGAGGCGGAAAAUCCGUAACAUACUUAAGGAAAAAUUCAAGAAUUCUAGUGACAAAUAAUGUUUCUUGGUCACCUACCAUCUGUAGAUAACUGCUGCUCUUGACAAGCAUUUCUUAACCGGAUCAGGCAUCAAUGGAGCUAACUGCUUAUUACCACCACUCCUGAAGUGCCCGACUCUGUAUAGCUUAACUGUUAGAUAUUAUUGUUGCUCACAUGCCCCGAUUCAAUAGAGAUUCUGGAAGUUCUCUCUGCAUUCUCUGUUUAGCAAAGUUUCUCACCAAACGCUGUGAAGCAUAAGAGAGAAAUUGUACAGAUCCCUUUGGUGGAAGCUAAAUUUUAAAGGAAUCAGAAGAUGUAGGAGAAUUUCGUAUUAUCUGACUAUUUUCUUUCGAAAAAAGAAGCUGCAACAAGUACAUUCUUAGGAUAUUUCUGCUGAUCAACAUUCUUUUUUGCCUGCCCUUCUGUUUGGGUGUAGUUGUUGAGGAAGAAGUGGGGCGAAUUUGUUCCCUUCCUGGAGCUUAUACCGUUCAUGUAAAUGACUUCCUUUCUAAUGAGAUGAAAGAUCAAAGCUAUAUGUGUUUCUUGAUG